CUGACGGCACAAGUGGUCAGAUAGAUUCUCUGUGUGGAUACGGACUACAGGCACCGGGCAGUCUGCUGGGGCGUCGCUUGGCACACGAUCGACACUUCAAGGACAACCAAGCUUGCAAGAUGGAGAUACCAUCUGUGAACUUAACUUCAUUUGACCUUGACCCCAGCUUUUUCGACACGAACGCGACCUUUGUAGAGCUGGAGUCUGAUCAGGGGUCUCCGGUCACCCCGGCUGUUGUUGUCAUCAGCGUCAUCGCUGUGUUGGGGUUUAUCGGAAACACGGUGAUGCUGAUAGCUCUACUGAUGGGCUACAAAAGGGGAUGGAGCAACACCGAUCUCUUCAUCCUAAACGUCAUCGUCAUCGACCUCGUCGUGGUCAGCAUCAGCGCGCCGCUGGCGGUUGUCGGGCAGGCGUUCCCGUCGUUUCCUCUGGGAGAGUCCGGCUGCAAAGCGGUGGUGUACUUUCCUUACUUCGGCAGCGUUGCUGUCCCCAUGGGGGUCCUGUCCCUGGUGCUGAACGCGGCCACCCAGCGGGUUUUCCGCGCCCUCUGUCCCCGAUGGGUCGUUUACACCGCACUCCUCUUCAUCUGGGUGGUCGCCAUCCACGUUCCUAUCCCCGCAAUCGUGCAUGCUACAGUAACAAGUCUACAAACAUAUGGCGAAAACGUUUUCGUCUGCUGGACCGUGUGGCCUGGGGACAACAAAGUGUACGACACGGUGAUCUUCGCGCUCUUCUACGCCCUUCCCUUCCUGCGCAUCGUCAGAAUCGCCGUCCGCCGUCAGGCGACAGGUCCCGCGGGUCCCCAAGAGGGGAGGCGUACGGACAUCUUGAUCAUCAUCAUGGCUGCUCUCUUCGUCGUGAUGUACCUGCCGUUUUACGUGGCUCAUCUGUGCUUUAGUUACGGGUCGGGUUACGACACAAUGGCGUUGAUCAGUGUAUCCAAGGUAGGACAGUGCCUGGUGUACCUCAACUCCGCCCUCAAGCCUCUUCUCUGCGCCUGUCUGUAUGACCGCUUCCGGAGCGCCUUCAUCCCUGGCCGCGGACGGGACGGACUGGCUGGUGGUACCGGCGACCGCGGGACGGAACUGGGCUCUCUGUAA